GAUCUAAAGAAUAAUCAUAGCCGAAACAUCCGGGACGGCGAGGAAUCUGUGAUCACCAUGAUAAUCCUCGAGCACCCCCCAUCAGUAAGUUCUUGUCCCUUGACCUUCACCAUGAACUUGAACAGCUAGCAAACAUGCGAUACCCAACGACGCAAUCAUCAACCUCUCUCUCCCUUCUCAUGCUACUCCAACAACAGAAUGCCGCAGCAGCAGCGCUCUCAAUUUCUUCUCCACAUCUCCAGCUGCUGUCCGGAUCACCACCAUCCUCUCUCAGCCUACUACCCGAAACCCAGACACCACCAAACCAAAACCUCCUAACCUACCUCUCCACCACCACUACAUAUACUGACACCUCAAUACCAAUCUCCUCCUCCUCCCUCUGCACCAGCUUCAUCUCCCGCGACAAAUCCGCCCUCCUCCUACCGAACGCGCGCAUCCCGCUGUCUCCGGCAGGAUUCAUCGAUUGCUUCCUCGAGCCUCAAGGGUCGCAAGCAGAAGACAACCAGCACCAAAAGCAACAACUAGUCUUCAAAGGGAUUCCUGCGGGAUGGCAGUUUAGUAUUACAAAGAUUACGCUCGCUGGGUGGUUGGAUUUGGAAAGAGGGGCUUUUGUCGAGAGGGUUUCGCUUUCUGUUGGCUAUCCCGAGGGUGAGAAGGGGUGGAAAUGGAAAUGGGGUCUUAAAAAACCGAGAAGAGCAGCCCCCCAAAAAAGUCAUUAUGCUCUAAUCGACACAGCAACAUCCCUCACCCCCUACGGCCGUUUCGGCACCGGAUACCAGGGGACUUUCAACCUCUCUAUGCCCGUCAAACCCCCCCAACCCAAAGCCAGUGUCCGCAGUUCAAGCAGCACAGACAAAGGAAGGAGAGACCAACUAGCCCUCUCGCCGUGCUCAACGGGUCCCGAGAUGGAGAUCGCUCUGGGCGCUGAGCUGUGGUUUUCACUUUCUCAUGAACAGAUUGAUUUUGAUGAUACGAUUGUUCAUUGGGGGAGGCUGGGUGGGGAGGGUAAGGGUGAGGAAGAAGGGGAUGAGAAGACGUUGAGGGUUGGGGUAACUGGGAGGUGGACGAGGUGUUGA